AUGAAUGUGUUUAACAAUGGGAAUCCUAACGUUUCAUUAAAUAAUAUAUUUACACAGUUUUUCAAUUCACAUGGCUCAAGCAUAAAUAAAUUUACCUUAUAUUCUGAGAAGAGGCAUAAAGAGGCCAUGAUUGGCAAGAAGUUUGAUAAAAGGCCGACAUCUAGUCAAGUCAGGCACCAUCGCAUUGUCGGCCGAGGAGGUGGAAUCCCGAGAAUUCGUAGGUGCACCAAGCUCCCAGCCAAACCCAUAAUACUGCCCGCCAGAAGGUGUAUGCUACUCGGUAAAAUGGAUAACACGAAGGCCAUAAAGCGUAGUCACUCUGGAGUCAGGACCAAAAGGACUCAAAAGUUGAACCUACACUGGAAGAAGAUCUGGCACCCUGAGAAAAAGUAUUUCAUCCGUCUCAGGUUAUCCAUGAGGGGCUUGAAGACCAUCAAGAGACUUGGAAUUAUAGAGGCUGCCAGGCGGUUCCACCUGGACAUAAACAACAAGAAGCUGUUCGCAGGCUAUGCCAGACUGAAGGAGAGGUAUGCACUCUAUUUACAUAACUACUUCUGA